AUGGAAAAUCUUAGGGAACUGGAAAGAGUGAUAAGUUCUUCCGUAGUCUUACAGGAUUUUGUUCAAUUAAAUAAUCGCAUAUUUUUCAAAUAUAAAAUGUUAUUCUAUUCUUCAUAUUUUGUUAAAGAUAUUCAAAUCUUUAAAGAGAAGGGAUCCCAUGAUAUAGCUGAUGCUUUACUGUCUUUGAAACAUCCAAUAGUUCACCCAUCUCAGUUCUCUACAGGUCCUAUAUCACCAUUGUCACCGAGUCCAGCCAUGCCGUAUUUCACAUCAUCUCAUCAAGGUUUUAAUUCUGGUAUGACGUCAUCAUGUACCCAGGGACUACCGUAUCCCCACAAUCCACCAGUUUUACACAAUACUUACAGUUCUGUGCCCUCUCAGUAUCAACCUCAAUAUGAAACAGGACAAUUAUCUCCAACUCAACCACCAACUCCUAAUGUACAUUUUCCAUCAAUGAGUGUCAAUGUUUCAAUGAGUAUGAAUGUUGGUGUACCACCUGGACUAGGUAAUGGACAAUAUAACAACUUACAACAGCAAUGGGGAAAUCAACCACAAUCUCCUACCUUAUCUCAGUACCAUGGUGGUCAUGCCCCUGCUUUGCAGGCACAAUACACAGGUUAUGGAUCUCAAACACAUCCUUUCCAAGGUUCUUAUAGUUUUACCCCAGAAUUACGGACGCAUGUACCAGAAAGCAGAGGAUUUUAUUACAAGGCUGAAGGAUUGAAAGAUGUAGCAAGGUUUUGUGCUUCUGGUCAUUUUAAGAAAAGUAAAUUCCUGUCGGAAAGAAAUAGUGCCACAUCCUUUAAUGAAG